UCAUCAUCAGCAGCAGCUGAUGGAGCAGGUGAACGCACACGGACUCACUUCUGUCUCUGCAGCAGCAGCAGCUCACACCACGUUUCAUAACUGACCUACUUUAACUGGACUGAGGACACACAGCCAGACAGACAGACAGCCAGCCAGCCAGCCAGCCAGACAGACAGACAGACAGACACCUGCACAGGUAACAGCAGCUGGAGCUCAGAGCAGCGGGGAGGAUGCUGCCGCCCACCGGGUUCCGUGCCUUGUUUUGCAUGCUCUCACCGAACGAGUCGUCGUUUCAGACGCUGGAGGAAGUUCCUCAGUAUGUGCACGAGGCCACUCCUUUCUUUAUAGGCCUGAUGGUCCUGGAGGUGCUGGUGGGCCUGCUGAAGUCAGGAGACCCAGUGUACAGCAUCAGUGAUGGACUCACCUCCAUAUCUGCUGGAAUGUUCUCCAGACUUCCAUCGUUGUUGAUGAGGAGCACUGAGCUGACUGCUUAUAUCUACGUAUGGGACCACUACCGCUUGGUGGAACUGCCCUGGGACUCGGCCUGGACCUGGUGGUUCACCUUCCUGGGUGUGGAUUUGGGCUACUACUGGGUUCAUCGCUUCUCUCAUGAGGUGGCCUUCAUGUGGGCCGCUCACCAGGUUCACCACAGUUCAGAGUACUACAACCUCACCACUGCCCUCCGACAGUCCGCCAUGCAGCCCCUCACGUCAUGGGUCUUCUACCUGCCUCUGGCCCUGGCCCUGCCUCCGUCUGUCUUUGCUGUUCACAUACAGCUGAAUCUCCUUUACCAGUUCUGGAUCCACACAGAGCUGAUCCGAGACCUGGGACCGCUGGAGUGGAUCCUCAACACCCCAAAACAUCACAGAAUCCAUCACGGGAGGAACAUAUACUGUAUUGACAAGAACUACGGGGGAAUUCUGAUCAUAUGGGACAGAAUAUUUGACACGUUUGCCGCAGAGAAAGAGAAAGUGGUGUACGGCCUGAUUUACCCCAUCAAGACGUUUGAAAGCCUCUACAUUCAGCUCCAUUACUAUUUGGGUUUGUGGCAAAUGUCCCAAACGUACACGACGAUCGGCCACAAACUGUCGACUUUCUUCAAAGGUCCGGGUUGGUCGCCUGGUACAGCUCGACUCGGCGACCUCGCCACGCAUCCGAAGGUUACCGGCAAAGAAGUUCCUCAUAAUCCCAGCUGGUCACUGCACUUACAAGUUUACGUGGUGGCACAUUUCCUGCUGGUGGUGUGGACGUACAAUGACCUGUUUGAAAACCAGACGAUGCUGUCCCAGUUGGCCGUCCUUGGGAUGAUCGGCUACGUCCUGCUCACGCUCACCUCUGUCGGUUUCAUCCUGGACCAGAGACCGUCGGCAGCCAUGUUGGAGAUGCUGCGCUGCGUCGUCAUGGUGAUGAUGCAGUGGAGCGGCUACAUGAAGCCACCAAUGCCUUCACUGGCUGUUCCUAUAGAGGCCUUUGUUGCCCUCUCUCUGCUGUUCUGGGCACUGCAGUGCGUCCCUCAGCUGCUCAGCAUCAGGAUGAAAACCAACUGAGUGAGAAAUAGAAAUAGAAAUAAAAAUAAAAAAACACCUUACCUUAAGCACAAUUUGUAUUGUUUGUUGCAUCAACUGCACAAAAUGUGUUUUUAAAAAAAAUCUUUACUUGUGAUUAUAAGUGAGAUCACCUCAUAAAUUCCUUCUUUUUUAAUAAGACUAAAAUGACAUGAAUGUACUAAUCAAUGUGUGUUGAUAUUUAUAUUAUGUAUUAUAUUAAAUGACAUACAGUUUACCUCUAAUAACAACGAUGUCUGUUUAUUUUACAUUGCAUUUGUAAGAUUGUACAAAACCAGUCCAAAAAAUAUGAUGUUUGUUUUCAGCAUCUUUGGAUUCGCUCCUGCAUGUCUUGAACACUGAAAAAGAAAAAUGUGGUAAAAAAAACCCUCAAAUUAAAUUGGGUUAAACUAAGCAAAUUAAAAGUAAUUUUGGCAGGGUUGCCCACCAAUGUUUUUCACAUGACCCUCCAAGCUUAUGAAAAUAACAUUUAUUUGAUUUGAAUGUGCGGAUGCUCUUGAAUAUACUCUAAUGAAUUUUCAAAUCAAUAUGCAAUAUCUCAUGAAUCGUAUGUCACAAAUGAUUUAUUUAUUCAUGAACAAAGCAUAACAAUUUGUGUGAACGUUCAACCGACAGACAAGAGAUUUCAAUAUUAAUUCAUUCAUAUUUACAUAGAUAUAGAUAUUUAAAAAAAGGUAUUUUAUUUAUUUUAACAAAUUAUGAUGCCAUAAUAUCAGGAUUUUUAAAGAGAAAAAAGAAAAAGGAGUUUACAUCUUACUAAUAGUUUACUUAGCUUAAUAGCUUACAUCACGAAAAAUCACGAUCAAGAACAUCAUAUUGAUUUUAUAUUUGUAUAUUGGGGGGAAUUUAAAGGUUCUUGAGUCAGUUUCCUCUUUUUCAAGGGGAUGUUGUUUCUCUGUCAACGUUUGUGGAAUGUUUUAAAUAAAGUUAUGGUUAAAAAAAAAAAUCA